AUGUGGAGUUUGGGAUGUAUGCUGGCAAGUAUGAUCUUCCGGAAAGAGCCAUUCUUCCACGGUCAUGACAACUAUGAUCAGCUUGUUCGCAUUGCCAAAGUACUUGGCACAGAAGAACUACAUGAAUACAUUGACAAAUACCACAUUGAAUUGGACCCCAGAUUCAACGAUAUUCUCGGACGGCAUUCUCGAAAACGUUGGGAGAGAUUCAUCCAUGCAGAAAACCAGCACCUAGUCACACCAGAAGCCAUUGAUUUCCUCGACAAGCUGCUUCGUUAUGAUCAUCAGGAACGUUUGACAGCGCGGGAAGCUAUGGCACAUCCAUACUUCUUUCCCGUUGUAGAGGCUGCACGUCAAGGUGGUGACGCACUUUCGGUAAAGAGUGAUCAUUCAGAACUCCUUCCACAAGUAGCCGCUACGUCGUGA